AUGGCAGUCUUAUCUGUAAUUCAUGGAUCGAAUGUUCCAGUCAGGUCCAUUAGCUUGCCAUCCAGGUUGCAGCCUAAUUCUAUUGAAGCAGAGCUGAACGAGCUGAACACUUUCAGACUUUUGUCAGCUUCACGAACAAUUCAUGGAGGUGGUGAGACAAUUUGUACAGGUUUCACCAGGCUUGCAAAGUUGUAUAACAACAUUGAGGAAAUCGUACAGUCUCCACUCACUCAACAAGCUCUUCGCCAUCAGCAAAACGUGAAACUAGUAGAGGAGGCACUCGAUGACUCGGUCGGAUUGCUGGAUGCAUGUGGCACCGCAAGAGACCUAAUAUUGAUGAUGAUGGAGCAAGUACAAGACCUUCAGUCAGCUUUACGUAGGAGGGGCGGAGAUUCAUGCAUCGGAAGCAACAUCCUUGCUUACAUCAGCUUUAGAAAGAAGUUGCAAAAGAACAUUGCCAAAACCCUUAGAGUACUGAAGAGGUUGGAAUGCAACAUUGGCACCUUUCCUCUCUUUGAUGUGGAUUGCCAUCUAUCGAUGGUGGUAAAAGCACAGAGAGAAUCCCAUGCCAUCACUAUUUCUCUAUUUCAAUCCCUCCUGUCAUUUCUUUCAAUGCCUGUACUGAAAACAAAAGCUGGAGGAUGGUCUUUGAUUUCAAAAUUGGUACCGAUUACAGCCGAGGGAAGCCAGAAGAUUUUCAAUGAGGUGGGGAUCGUCGACUUUAUCCUGCAUUCUGUGCAAGGGAAACUCCGAAAAAAUGAUGCCAAGAUUGAUCCUCAGAUUGAAUUAAAGAGAUUAGAGACACUUUCCGGUAGCAUCAAAGGUCUUGAGGCAGGUUUAGAUCGCCUGCUCAGAUGCCUGAUCAGAAAUAGAGUGUCCUUACUUAAUAUCCUCACACCUUGUUAG